AUGACUCCAUUCGUUGGGAAUGCAAAUCAAGAGGUGCGGACUCAGCUUACCGUAUCAACGGCCGUGCCGCGGAACUCAGGAUACUCACCUAUCCGCUGCUUUGAGCACGUGGAACCCUCUUCCAUCAUCCGUGGCACGACUCUCGCAGCCAAGUCCCCCGCGUUCAAGGGGAGCGGAAUGAAGUUUGGCUCGGCGAAGAAGACGAAGCAGGCAGAGUUGUUGGACGCAGCGCUUGGGGGUGAGGUGUUGGCUACCACGGGCUUGGGGGUGGAGGAGAGGACAGAGCCGACAAAACCAACGCAGGCACUGAGUAAUCAGGUCCAUGCCAGGGUUAGCCCGAUCUCACCAACCCACCAACACCUCAACCAAAGCGGGCUCGAACUACAGCACCACAUUGCAUUUAAGCAGCACCCCAACGUCGCCAAGUUCGCACCUGGUGCAGGGCCAAAGGUGGUUGCGCUCAAAGACCCUGGAAGGGCGUUUCUCGUUGGGCAGAGCAUAGCGGUGUUGAAAUGGGGUCAACUGCUAGCCUCAGCCUCCGAUGAUGGACUGACUACGAGCUGGAGAAUAAACAUGUCACGCUAUACGACGUCGUCGUCUCUAUUCCCCUCCCGUACGUCCUUUCUUCUCUUCCAUCCUCCACCCCUCCUUCUAAGCUCCCCUUUCUCAAGUGAUGGCUCCUACUCAACCAUCUCCUCCGAACACACGGGGCCGACUGCGUCAUCAACGAGCAUGUGCACGGAACUUCACCACGAAAUAUCCACCCUUGACCCAACGAGUCUGAAGCAAGCUGACUACAUCGACGUCUCGAACUAUGACCGGAUUUAUAUCCACCCGUCAUCAGCACCAUAUCCAGCCCUUCCGCCUGGCACGUUCCGUUCGAUGCCGUCCUCCUGCAGAAUCGAGUGCGACCAGAUUCGGAGCUUUGACGUUGAUUCACCACCCGAGAUGGUGCGACACCCCGAGGCGCUCAAGUUCCUUUAUCAAUCGUCUUAA